AUGUCGGGCAUUGGAGGCCACAUUGAGAACUUCGAAAGCCAUAGAGUUCGAGUCAAAAUCAGCACCGCUUUCGGAGAAGGGUUAGAGUUCGAGUUCCAGACAAAGCCGGGAAAGGACAUCUGCUUAGCUAACUCCAAGCUCCGAGGGGAGCAUCUAACACCGCUCGUUCUAGUGGGCUUAGAUUAUUAUCAUGAGCUCGUAGAGAGUUACGCGAGCGGAACGAAAACUCCUUCCGGUCUGUACAUAUCAAAAACUAUUUUUGGACCCGUGAUAUACGGCAAGGGAGAAAUCCCACCUCAACAUAUGGAAACAAAAAAAGACGUUGCCUACGGACUAACUGCAAUUUUCGAGCAGGCUAAAGAAGGCAUGGUGCAAAACCAACAGCCAAACCCAUCACGACAUCUACCGAGACCAUGUCAAAAAAUCGGUGGACAUUUCAUCGUCAAGCAGAAGGCUGUGCCGAGAGGAAACCCUCAGCAUGGUAAAGUGAAAGAGGUCGAGAAAUUGAAAAAUACCUCCAUAAGACUGAAAGGAAGCAAUCUCAACCAUAGAAUCUUUCACAGCCCUUUGAAGAAGCCGUGGGCAACAGUAAAAUCGAGACCGAGCAAUCAAACACGGUGCAAAACCGGACAAUUAGAACAACAAAGAGCUUUUUCUAUUCGUAGUCGUGGUAAGUGGUGUGAAGGUGGCCCAUCACCGUCAACGUUCCUUGAGACUGUUUCUAGCGAAAUUAAAGGACUGAAGGAAAAAAUCGGUGUUAUUUGUGCUAACAACAACGAUAGGAAGCGGAAAUGGAGACUUCACACGCAGAUGACACAUCCGCUUUCCGCAGCUCCCAAGCUUUUAAGGUGA